AUGGCAGGUGCGGCCACAGCAGAUCUCAUUCUGAUGUCUCCAGAUAUUUCCAUGGACACCAGCCAAAUACUCAAGGCUGCUGCAUUUAUGCUUUUGAUGAUAAUAGGGAUCCCAGGAAAUGUCUUUAUUUUAGUGCAAUUUACCUAUUUAAGAAUAAAGGAAAGAAAAUUAUUAUCAAAUAACAUAAUAUUGACAGUGAUGUCAUUUAAUCAUUUUCUGAUUGUCAUAGCACGUGUUAUUCCACAGACAUUGAAUGCUCUUGGUGUUGAGAAUCUGUUUGAUGAUUCGGAAUGCAAAGUUUCCAUAUAUACCUAUAGAGUUAAUAGGGCAAUGUCUAUAUGUGUUACCUGUUUACUGAGCUGCCACCAAUGUAUUCUUAUUGCCCCAAUGACAGGGCUUUGGGUAUAUCUCAAACAAAAAGUGUCAAAAAAUCUAUAUAUAAUCAUUUUGGUCUUCUGCAUUACAAAUCUCUCAAUAUACCCUAUCUUUGUUAUGAAUGCUCAUGCCAGGAAAAACACAUCCACACUAUAUUCCCUUCGUCUCAUAUAUUGCGAUGCAGAUUUUGUAAAUCAGUUAUCUUAUAUUGCCAAUGGAAUUUUUUACACUGUUCGAGACUUGUUUUUCGUGACUAUAAUGAUUGUAGCAAACAGCUACAUUGUUUUAACUUUGUUUAACCAUGAAAAAAGUAUGAGAAAAAUAAAGAGUUUGAACAAACCCCAAAGGAGAUCAUCUAAAGAUAGGGCUUCAAGAGUUGUUGUUUUAUUGGUAGCCCAUUAUGUUGUGUUUUUUGGAUUAGAUAUCUCUUUAUGGAUCUAUACAUUAACUUUACCUUAUGUAAGUACUGACAUCAAUGAUAUUCGGGUAUUUGUAGCUUGCUGUUAUGCAUCUUUGAGUCCCAUAGUCAUAAUAACAACAAACCCCAAACUGCAGAUUACCUGCUUAUACUUAUAUAAACAAAGACAUUCUCCAAAUGUUUUAUCGAGCAAUAAUAAUGUGUAUUGUAUUACAGCAUAA